AUGAAAGGAAUUGACAGCGUUGAUCCUAAUUUCAGUGGCAGCACUAGAACAACAUUUAGCUGUGACAAAUGUUCUAUUAGCCCAAGUCGUAAAGAAGUCGUCCUCCUUGCACAGUCGUCAUCAUCGUCCACAGAGCUUAUCCCCACCCCGAUCGGCAUCUGCUGGGUCUCCCCAUCUCUCCUAGACUCCCCUCGGUCCCCGAUCCCCAGCUCCCUUUCCUCCCUAUGCUAUGCUCCCCCGGCGCAGGCCGUGGCUGCGGCGUUUUCACCCCCUAAUGGUAUGGUCGAGCAAUCUCCCGUUGGGAUUAUUAAAAGUUUUCCAAGCUUUGGGUUAGGAUUGUUCUCUCGACAUAAAAAAGCCUAUCUGGCCUGGCUUCGCUAUGGCUCGUGA